AUGGUGUGGUACACCAAUAGUCAAUUUUAUUUCGUCAUUAUACUGCAACAAAAUAUUUUUCUCUUGGUUCAGAAUCGAGUAAGCUUUAAAACUUGUUUAUUGGAAUGAAAAAUGUCUUUAUUACUGCAGUAAUUUGUUUGUUCAUUUUUAUUUAAUCAAUACUACAGUGGCAAGAAGGUCGAUUUGUCAAAAAAAAACUUAAGUCAAUUAUUCAAACCAAGCGACCCAAUGAGCUUAGAAAAUACAAACCAAGAAGAUAACGAAGAUCAAACCUGGGUAUUGGAUUCAUUGGUUGGCUUUCUUAAAAGUCCACUAUGGUCAACGUCUUUGAAUGAUUUUAUUGAUCGUCAUUCAAUCAUUUUUGAUCCAGAUGAAAUAGAAAAUGAUGAUGGAAAUGUUCAUCAUCAUACAGAAUAUUUGGAAAUUUUCUAUCAAUAUCGUAGAUUGGUUGAUCAAUUGAUUGGUUCACAUAUGCUUGAAUUAGGGAUCAAUGAACAACAAUUUGCUAAAGCAUGUCAAAUGGCUGAAGGAAUGUUAGCCACUAAAUUGAAAAGAAUUUUAUUCGAAGAACUUUGGGCAGCUGAAGAUUAUGAAGUUUUUGUCCGAUUAAUGGCUAAAAGAAAUGUUGAAUUACAAUUAGAAGCUUUGGAAGUUUUGGUUCGUAAAUAUGGACUUGUUUAUGAUGUUUUUGUUCCAGUAGGAACGUCGCCAAAAAAUUUCCUUAGUGAAGAUCACGUUCUCCGUGAAGCUAUUGUACGAUCAUUAAAUGAUAUGGCAUUGGAUAAUGAAAAUAAAGAAAUCAAAGAUAACAAAAAGUCUUCAUCACAUGGAAAAAUUAUCAAGAAAAAUGUUGAAGUAGAUAUUGAGACAAAAACAUCGAUUAGUGAUGAUACUCCAGAAGCCAAAAAUGAAGAAAAUGAAGAUGAUGACGUUGAAAAUGAAGUGAUGGAUGAAACAACGGAUAAAGAAACGGUGCAAAGAGAUGCAGUUAGAUUGGUGGAAGUUAAGCAGAAAUUUGAUCAAAAAAUGACCGAAGCACUACAAUCAGCUUUCAUGAAUGAUAAAACAAAAGAAUCGAUGGUUGAUAAUCGUGAUCAACCUUUGGAAACUGUGCAGGAAUCAAAUGAACCAACAAAAGAUUCUUCUAUAAUUAUCAAACGAAGGGAACCAAGUAUAAGCGCCGAAGACAUUCAUAAACGUGCGGAUUAUUUAAGAGCACAACGAGAUAAAAUAUUGAAACAACGGCAAAAAGAACGAACUGAACGCAUUUCAAAGUAUUUGAUCAAGGAAAAACAACAAAGACCAGUGACGGCUAGAAAAUCGCCAACAGAAAUGGAAGAAUCGAAUACAAAUCAAAAUGAUACCACUGAUGAUAUGUUGGCAUUUCGUAAAAGUUUGGCAGCAAGAUUGAAAGCCGAAGUUGUUCUUGGGUCGGGUACAGGUCCAGAAUCGAAAUGAAUGGCUGAAUAAAAUGAAAAUUUCCAAUACAUCCUUGGAUCAAUGUUGUCCAUUAUAAAUCGAGCACUAAUAUUAGAGUAGAUUUGUAGAUGCACAAAUAGAGAAAUUUGAGCAAAAAAUUAAUCGAUCCUUAUCAGAACCUUUCCGUCCAUAUUUGAAUAAUCAACUGUGGGAUUAUUAAACAUAUAAAACAGAACACUUUGAGAGUGAUUUUAAAUAAAAAUUUUGUUUUAAUAAAUCCAAGUUUCAAAAAAGA